AAUCAUUCACAUUACCUGUAUACAUUUCUUUUAUCAAGUGAUUUAUCAGAAGUUGCUUUGCAUCAAUUGUAGAAAACUUUAUUUCAAACAGAAACCUGUGAUGUUUUUUACAUGAUAGAUCUUAUUUUGUAUUGAAACAUAUGAAUUACCUUAUGUUAUGGGGAAAAAACGAAAAGUUGUCAUCGGAGUUGACGUUGGGACGACUAAUAUUAAAUGCUUUGCCUACGAUAGUAACGCUUCUGUCUUAGGUAGCACUUGUGAAAAGAUUCCAAUUUUGAAUCUUGAAGACAACAAACAAGAAAUCGAACCAUCAGCCUUGUGGAAUGCCUUUAAAAAUGUUGUAAAAACAUGCCUGAGUUGUGCUCAAUUAAGUGCGAGAGAUAUUUCAUGUAUUGGAAUUUCUUCUCUGAGGGGAACUUUUGUUACUUGGAAUAAAGAGACUGGUGACACUUACCACAAUUUUAUAACAUGGAAAGAUAAACGUGUGGUAGAAAGAUGUGAUAUGUGGAAUUCAUCUAUAUCUAUGAAACUUUUUAGAUUUGGAGCUCAACUGCUAUAUCUUAUUACAAGAAAAAACCUGUUUCAAGUUGCUAGUGUUCUCAAAUUUAGUUCAGAAAUGGUAUUGAUGAGAUUGGCCUGGAUUUUGGAGAAUUAUCCACAGAUACUAGAAGACAGCUCUCAAAAUAAAGUGCUAUUUGGAACUAUAGAUACAUGGUUAGUGUGGAAAUUGACUGGUGGAAAAAUUCAUGCUACAGAUGGCUCAAAUGCCUGUGUAACUGGAUUCUUCGACCCAUUCAAGAUGCAGUGGGCAGAAUGGAUGUUAAAUUUUUUUCGAAUUCCAGUGAAUAUUCUCCCUGAAAUUAAAAAUACAAGUGAUUCAUAUGGAGAAACUUUUGCAUCAUUAUUUGGUGAAUCUAUUCCAAUACAAGCUGUUGUUGGAGAUCAGCAGGCAUCUAUGUUUGGUGCUUGUUGUUUUAAUAAAUAUGACAUCAGUUGUACUAUGGGCACAGGAACCUUUUUGAACCUUAAUACUGGAAAUUCUCCUCCUACUGCUCAUCAUGGUUGGCAUAUUUAUCCUCUGGUUGGGUGGACGAUAAAUUCACAAACAACUUAUGUUGCUGAAUGCAGUGUUCAUGAUACAGGAACUGUUAUUAACUGGGCACAGAAUUUAGGUAAAUUUGUUUCCAAAACUGGACCAUUGGACACAUCUUCUUUUAUGGGAUUAAAAAUACAUACUUCUAAAGCUCAUUUAGUUAAAGCUAUUUUGGAAUCUUUUUCUUUUCAAGUUUCCAUACUGCAUGAAAUCAUUACCCGUGAUAUUGUCCGGGAGAACACCAAUGUAAUUUGUGGAGGUGUAGCAAAGAAUGAUUUUAUUGUGCAAUUGAUUUCCGAUUUAACCUGUCAACCAAUCAUUCGCUUAAAGCACACAGAAACAUCAAGCCUUGGUGCAGCUUUUUUAGCAGGAUUGUACAAUGGUAACAAUAUUUGA